UAUGGGUCAGAUCAGACGGGCCGCCGGGAUUUUCCAAAAGUUCUGGGCUGGCCCAGCCAGACCCUGACGACUCGCGAGUCACGACGGUCAUUCACUCGGUUCGUCACUCACUCGGUUCGUCACUCACUGAGUCGUCUUCUCUGUCGUUCUCUUUCUCUCACUAACCCCAAACCUUUUUCUCCCUACUUCUCUCUCUAGCUCUUUCUCUCCUCUGCGCACACGCUUCUUCUCUUUCCUUCAGAACUAUCUCUGCCCUUUUUCGUCUUUUUACCUUUCAUCUUCUGCAUCGCUUAAUCGGACGGCCCAACUAUUUCCACGUCACCAUCGUCUUCUUCACCAUCCUGCGACCUGCUCUCCCCCACACACAUACAACUUUUCUCAUAUAAAUACACACACACAUUUAUAUAACUAUAACUAUAUAUAUAACAACCCUCCUCGUUCUUUGCUCUAGGGUUUCAAAGAAUAAUCUUGGCCUAUUCAAUUUUUUAUUUUCUCUCUCAGGGCCUUCCAAAUUCUCGUUCCUCGGUAUACUUUGUUGUCUUUGAUAUCUUCUUCGCUCGGUGAUUUCGCCAUUUAAGCACUCAUCUUGUUUCGUUAGAAUGAGGGCUGGGAUUCGGAUUUUUCUGUAACGGGUUGGCAAGUUUGGAAAUUUGGCGAGUUGGAGGAAUUUUUGUUUUUGUUUCUUGUUGCUAUUAAUAUUAUGAUACAUGGCGAUUGAGAAAAACAACUUUAAGGUCUCGAGGUUUGAUUCGGAGUUUUCUCCCGGUAGUAGGAAGAGUAUGUCGAGUGAUGAUGAUGAGCUUCAACGACGGAGCUCCGCCGUUGAAUCUGAUGAUGAUGAUGAAUUUGACGAUGCUGAUUCUGGGGCUGGGUCUGAUGACUUUGAUUUGCUGGAAUUGGGGGAAACUGGUGUAGAGUUUUGUCAAGUCGGGAAUCAGACUUGUAGCAUUCCGUUUGAGCUUUAUGAUCUUCAGGGUCUUGAAGAUAUAUUGUCAGUUGAUGUGUGGAAUGAGUGCUUGGGUGACGAGGAACGACUUGGUCUAACUAAAUUUCUGCCUGACAUGGAUCAAGAGACUUAUAUGCUUACUUUGAAAGAGCUCUUUACGGGUUCCAAUUUUCAUUUUGGGAGUCCUGUUAAAAAGUUGUUUGAUAUGCUGAAGGGAGGUUUGUGUGAGCCUAGAGUCGCCCUUUAUCGCGAGGGGUGGAAUUUUUUUCAGAAGCGACAGCACUACCAUCUUUUGAGGAAGCAUCAGAACAAUAUGGUGAGUAAUUUUUGUCAGACAAGGGAUGCUUGGCUAAAUUAUGGAGGAUACAGUAUUGAGGAGAGGCUUCGAGUUUUGAACAUCAUGAAAAGCCAGAAGAGUUUGAUGCAUGAGAAGAUGGAAGAUUUGGAGACUGCCUCAUCAGAAAGAGAGUCAAAUGAAGGCUUGCAAAACAGCAGGAUUAAGGAUAAGAAGAUUUCACAGAAAAUGGGACGUCAGUCUGCUUAUGGUGGUAGUCCAAAUCUGGAUAUUCCUCUACGACGACGGGCGUUGGCUUUGGAAUCAACAAAUUAUGGGAAGCAGAAUCCGAAAGGUAUGCUCAAGUUGAGUGGGUCCAAAAAUUCUACAGCGAAGGGGCUAGGGGGGCGCAUUACUCCUGUUUACCAUGGUUUGGAUAUGAACUCUGGACCAUACAGUUCAGCAGUAGCGCUUCCUCGGCAGAAUAAAGCAUUAGGGUAUGAACCAGGGGCAACCCACAGAUUAAGAGACCAACUGAGAGGCAGUGAUGAUGCUGAAGAUACAUAUGGAUUUGGUGACCACCGAAAUCGUAUUAUGGACAAGUCUGGAAUUCUUAAACUAGGGAGAAAGCAUGAUCUUCAUAGAGGUGAUGAAUUGGGCUCUCAAAGUUUGAUUGGUUUGCCACUGUCAUCAAAGACUGAUAUACAUUCCUAUGGUAGGAAAAAGAAUGCAAAUGCUUUCUCAGAGGCAAACCUCUUUGCCACUAAGCCUUCCAAUGUUCGAGGUCCCUAUGAUUUUCCAAAAAAGGGUAAGUAUCCUGAAUAUGUUCAGCAAUAUGCAGUUGGGGAUCAGUUGAAGUAUUUUAAAGGCAGACUUCCGCAACAACUUGUGAAAGGAAAUCGAGUUGACUCAUCAGACCAAAUUGAAUCAUUCUGGAAUAAUAGGGGUCAAGAGGAUGCUUUCUCUGUAGAUUCACCCUUCAGAUCUGAUGAUUGGAGUGUUAGGAGCAAGAAACGGAAGAUGGGGGAAAAUUCGCCCGAUCUUAAGUACAAGUCUCAUAGGGAUUCCCCACCACAAUUAAAUGAUAGAUUUUUACCUUCUGAAUAUAGAGCAAAGCCAUUUGAAGAGAAGACCAGGGGACAGAAUGGAGGACCUGACCCAGCAGUAAAUAGAGGUAAUAAAUUGUUUAAUAGAAAUGAAGAGACGGAAUCUGACUCAACGGAUCAAUCCUACGAUGAUGAGGAUAGCAACCCUUUGCUGAGAAGCAAGAUAGCUUAUCCCACUGGUGUUGGGGAAGCUUCCCGGUCUUCUUUGUCAAAGUUUGUGAAAGGUGGUAAAAAGGCCAAACUUUUCAAGAAAGAUACGACAGCAGAUAUACAGUCCCUUGAUGGAACUACACACUCUAAGAAGGUUGGUAGUUUUCUGGAACAGGGACAUCUCCACGGUGUAGAAAAAUACUCUUCAAAAGCAAAACAGAAGGGCAAGAUGCGAGAUAGUAGUCCCUUGCGUGAAUCAUCUGCCAGAGUUAUGGAAGAAGAUAACUAUGCCUUCGGUUUGGGUAAAUUCGCUGAUGAUGAUAAUGAUCAUAUUUACAAUUUAGUCAAGAAUGGCCCACUGUCAGGGGAGCCUGGUGAGAAGUCACAAAAGAACCAUCCUGUUGAUGGGAAACAAAAAAGGGGAAUUACCCGUGACCAAUCACAUCGCAUUCGUGAGUAUAUGGUUGAUGAUGAGGAUGGUUCACUCCGACAAGGACGAUUGUCAGCGGAAGGUAAGAGACAAGGUAGAUUUGGGAAGAAAAGUCUGAACACUGAAGCAUAUGUGGCUGAUCAUUGUGAAAAAUCUGAGGCCUCACUACAGGGGUGCAGUGUGAUGACAAAGAAACGGAAAGGGAAGGUUGAUGUAACAGACAUGUAUAAGGGGGAUGAAGACAAUGACCUGAUAUCUGACCAUCAACAUCUUAUUGAUGAUUCCAUUUCUUCAAAGAAGAAGGCGAAGAGGAAAGUUGAGGCUGAUGCUGGUGGCUCAGAUAUGGAACCUUCUGAACCACCCAUUUCAGAAAUGGGUACUACAGAUAUGGAGCUGGAGAUUAAGCCACAGAAAAAGGCAUUUACUUUAAUCACACCUACUGUUCUCACAGGCUUCUCAUUUUCUAUUAUACAUCUUCUUUCUGCAGUUCGCUUAGCAAUGAUAACUCCACUUCCAGAAGAUACUUUAGAGGUUGGCAAAUCUGUUGAAGAGCAGAAUAAGAAGGAUGAUGGUGUGAGUGGGGUUCAUUCUCGAGAGAAGGCAGAUGCCAAUAACACAGAGCAGGCUGGGGAAGUUAAUGUACCUUCUCUAACUGUUCAGGAAAUUGUAAACCGUGUGAGAUCAAACCCUGGGGAUCCUUGCAUUCUUGAGACUCAAGAGCCACUUCAAGACCUGGUGAGAGGAGUUCUCAAGAUAUUUUCCUCAAAAACUGCACCAUUAGGAGCAAAAGGUUGGAAGACACUGGCAGUCUAUGAAAAGUCUACCAAAAGUUGGUCAUGGCUUGGUCCUGUUUCUCAUAGCUCGUCAGAUCAUGAGACAAUAGAGGAGGUCACAUCUCCUGACGCUUGGUCCCUUCCUCACAAAAUGCUUGUCAAGUUGGUUGAUUCAUUUGCUAAUUGGUUAAAAAGUGGCCAAGAGACUCUUCAACAAAUAGGAAGCCUUCCUGCACCACCGUUGUCUUUGAUGCAGCUGAAUCUGGAUGAGAAAGAAAGGUUCAGGGACCUAAGAGCUCAAAAGAGUCUUAAUACCAUUAGUCCUAGUACUGAAGAAGUGAGGGCUUACUUUCGCAAGGAGGAAAUUCUUAGGUAUUCAAUUCCCGAUAGGGCUUUCUCUUAUACAGCUGCUGAUGGUAAGAAAUCAAUUGUUGCUCCCUUAAGAAGGUGCGGUGGCAAGCCAACUUCAAAAGCCCGAGAUCACUUUAUGUUGAAGCGUGAUCGACCCCCACAUGUUACUAUUCUUUGUCUUGUUAGAGAUGCUGCAGCUAGAUUGCCUGGAAGUAUUGGCACAAGAGCAGAUGUUUGUACCUUGAUAAGAGAUUCUCAAUACAUUGUUGAAGAUGUUUCUGAUAGCCAAGUUAAUCAAGUUGUUAGUGGAGCCCUUGACCGAUUGCAUUAUGAACGUGAUCCUUGUGUACAAUUUGAUGGGGAAAGGAAAUUAUGGGUUUAUUUACAUAGAGAAAGAGAAGAAGAAGAUUUUGAGGAUGAUGGUACUUCAUCUACAAAGAAAUGGAAAAGGCAGAAAAAAGAUGCUGCAGAGCAGGCUGACCAAGGAACGGUAACUGUGGCUUUCUCUGGGACUGCAGAUCAAAUUGGUGGAUAUGAUCUGUGUUCUGAUCUCAAUGCAGAGCCAUUGAGCGUUGAUGAUAAAGGAACAGAACUUGGAUUUGAUGAUGCAAGACAUAAUGGGGAUGAUAACAUUGAUCCCAAUCAAGGGUCUGAACAGGGUGACAUGCGUGAUGGCCAUCCAAUUGUUUGGGAUGCUCUUGACCUAAAUCCUAUGCGGGAAAAUAAAUUACUGUGUCAGGAAAAUUCAACAAAUGAAGAUUUUGAUGACGAAACCUUUGGGAGAGAAAGACCAGUUGGAGUUUUAAUGUAGGCUUAUUUCAAGGAGUCCUUCAGACCCAGAUGUGCAGCCUGGUGUUGACAUGAUAUCAUUCUCAUUCCAUGGCGUGCAAGUGUGAUCAAGCAACCAACAGAUUUUAUUGAAGUUGCAUUUACUUGCAUAGUGUAUAUUGAUUCUAUUUGUAGCUUGAAAAUGUAGAUUACAAGUUGAUCUCAUUUUGAGCCCCAACGCUUUUGUUGACACAGGUGGAUAUCUAUAUAGUUCCGCGUUCGUAAAUAAUGCAAAUUCUUUUUUUU